AUGCUGGAGGGUCAACUGGCAGCUUCUCUGACAAGCAGAGAAGUUGCAGAGAAAAGCUUAGCAUCUGUUCUUAAAAGCAGACAGGAAAUGGAGAAAAAAUUGGCCGAUACACUGAAGGAGAUGGAAGUACUAAGAGAGAAGCUAGCGAGUCUAGAAUUGGCCCAAGAAGAGGCCAACAACUUGUCAAACAUUGUCCACUCUGACAAUGUUCGUCUCGAACAUGACGUGGCCUUCCUCAAGGCUGUUUUAGAUGACACGCAGAAGGAGUUGCAUUCAACACGAGGAGUUAUUGCAGGAGAAAGAAAUAGGGCAUUCCAACUACAGUACGAAUCAUAGCCAUAGUUAUAGGGAUACUAUAUGAGCUUUAUUUUCCCAAUCACGGAGUUAAAUUCCUUGAGUGACAUGCAUCACUCAAGUUGUGUCCAACUACAUCCAGCUUAAUGCAAUGCUGAGCAGCUAUUUCCCCAAGCUUCACAUUGCCAUGCAAUCUGCAGGCAAGAAGUAGAGCUCCCCAGACACCAGCAUUUGGUUGCAUUGGCAUAUUCAUUAUAAGCCUAUACGCUUCAUCCAGCCAUCCAGCCC